AUGGCUGACAAUGAAUUCUUUUCCCCCUCCACAGACAAUGCUUUCGAGAUGCUACCUAUCAUAUACUUCACAUUCUCGAGGUACUCUGGUCUCUACUUCUGGAGCAUGAUUGCUGCUGAUCUCGGAGUGCUGGUAUACGCAACGGGCUUUGGUAAGUUGAUGUUCCCAGAAGAGAGCCCCUUUGCCUUUCAAACCCUACCUACGGUCUUGACCUGCGCAGCAUGGAUACCAAUGGUUUCGGCGCAGAGCCUUAUCCUUUACUCGCGCCUACGCCUAAUUAACGUGGACGAAACAGUUCGUCGCUGCGUGCUUGCGAUGCUUCUCUUCAACGGCAUCACUAUGCACACCGGCACGGCCAUCACGACGAUUGGGUCUAACGGCAAGGCCGCCAAGCUCUUCCUUGAGCCGUACGCCAUCAUGGAAAGGAUCCAGGUGACCGUGUUCUUCGUGCAGGAGUUGAUCCUCUCGGGCCUGUACGUGUACAAGGCCCGCUGGUUCCUGAAAACAUAUCGCCAUCGCGACGACAAGGGGAGCAGGGCGCAGCGCAAGCUGACCUCUAUGAUGCAUCACCUGAUCCUGUCGAGCGUGGUCGUGGUCGUCCUCGACAUCACCAUCCUCGUCCUGGAGUACAUGGGCCUCUACUUCCUCCAGGUCUCCUACAAGGCAUUCGUCUACUCGGUCAAGCUCAAGUGCGAGGUCGGUAUCCUCAAUCGCCUCGUC